AGUAAAUUUGAUUUACUUAAUGAUCUUUUUGAUAACCAUGCCUUGAGUCCCGUUCAGCUAAAGCAUUUAUCUGUUCCUUAACGAUAGCAUUACGAUGAAAUCACCCAAAAGACAAGAUGAGAACAGCCAGAACGGACAAGGAGCGAGUGUAUUACAAAAUAUUACGCAACCAUUGCAACACGUAUUGGUUACCCAUUCGUUAGCGAUGUAAUAUUCAUGUUUGCCACCUGUUAUAUUCUAUAUUGUUUAAUCCUAAAACUCAUUUCUAUUUCAAUAACGUUUUAGAUUUUUAGGAAACCAUAGUUUACACUCGUUCGAAAACUAUAACCUUGAAACCCCAUCUCAAAACUCUUUUUUUGCAAAUCCUUUAAGGUCUUUUCUGAGUGACUAAGGCUAUGGAUGGAUAACUUCCCGUUCCUAUUCUAAUCCUAGCUGACCUGAUAUUAUCAUUAUUCAUGUGUACUUUUUCUUUAAGUGUGUUUUUUUAUUUAUUUAAAUAUAGCAGCGGCGUUUGUUAUCUGCGGUAGAGAUUACGCCCAUUUAAAACACCACGUAAUCUUGACCAGAUAAAAGACCAAUCGAAGGCCUUGAUACUUUAGUAUAAAUACUGAAGUCAGCGACAACAGACUUAGUAAUUUCACAAUGCAUACAUUAACAAUUUUGGUGUUAUCAUAUGCAUUGACGGUAGCAAAUACAGCAAAGAUUCUCGCGGUAUUUCCAACUCCAUCCGUAAGCCAUCAAGUUGUGUUUAGGCCAUUAAUGCAAGAAUUAGCAAGACGAGGACAUGAUCUAACAAUCAUAACUACAGAUCCGAUAUACUCCGCCGGUAACUCUCCAAAAAACUUUACAGAAAUAGAUGUUCGUGAUAUAUCAUACAGAGUUAUGAAGGAAAAUUUAACAUACAAUGUUAAAUUGGGAAAGAAGUCUGAUAUAUACGAUCAGAUGGAAAGAUUUGUAGUUAUGAAUACUAACUUGGCAUCUGUUCAAUUAAAGCAUCAACGAAUCCAAGAUUUAAUUAACGGACAAGAAAAAUUUGAUUUGAUAUUCGUUGAAGCCUGGCAAACACACGCUUAUUAUUAUUCUUAUAUAUUUAAAGCUCCAGUAAUAUUAAUUAGUUCAUAUGGUAUGUUCGGAAAUGAAGAUACUGCUGUAGGUGCUCUAACGCACCCGUUUUUAUUUCCGAAACUAAUUCAACAAAGAACAUAUAAUCUUACAUUUUGGGAGAAAGCUCAAGAGUUAUACAGAAAUUUAUUCUUUCGAAGACUGUGGUCAUCAAUGGAAAUAGAUGAUGGUAAUAUAUGGCGUCAGAUCUUGGGAAUAAAUGUGCCCGAUUUCAAGGAAAUAAAUAAUAAUAUUGAUAUGAUGUUUUUAAACGCUCAUCCAAUGUGGAUUAGCAAUCAACCUUUACCACCUAAUGUCAUUACAAUUUGGGGUAUUUAUAAAAACCAAAGGAAAGCUUUACCUACGGAUCUUCAAAAUUAUCUCGACUCAUCCAAAAACGGUGUGAUAUACUUAAGUUUUGGUUCCAACGUUCUCUCAUCGGUUCUAUCUCCUGAUAGAAUACAAUUAUUUGUUCGGGUGUUUGCUAGAUUAAAAUACGAUGUAUUAUGGAAAUGGGAAAAACCAGAACUACCUGGUAAAUCGGAAAACAUCAAGAUCUCAAAAUGGCUGCCACAAUCAGAUUUAUUAAGACAUCCAAAUAUAAAACUGUUCAUCACGCAAGGUGGUUUGCAGUCCACUGACGAGGCUAUAACUGCUGGAGUACCAACAAUAGGAGUGCCGAUGCUUGGAGACCAGUGGUUUAAUUCAGAUAGAUAUGUUUAUUUCAAAAUUGGUAUGAAACUUGACAUGGAGUCCCUCACUGAAGAAGAAUUAGAAACAGCUAUUCAUACCGUUAUAGAUGAUACCAGUUACAGGGAAAACACAGUAAAACUCCGGACACUCAUGGAGGAUCAGCCACAGAGUGCGUUAGAUCGCGCGGUGUGGUGGACAGAGUAUGUGCUGCGCCAUGGAGGCGCGAAGCACCUUCGAUCUGCCAAUGCUAAUAUGUCCUGGAUUGAGUACUAUGAAGUAGAAUUUGUACUUAAAUUAGCAUCUCUCUUACUAAUUUCAUUGGUGAUAGUCGCAACUGUUUUGUACUACACGUAUAUCAGUUUAAUAACGAAACAAAAACUUAAAACAUAUUAAAAGGAUAUUAAAAAGGAUAUUAAAGUGGUUGCCUGGAAGAGAUCGCUCGUAAGCGAUAAGGCCGAAAGUUG